UUACGCUCUUAAGUAACAAACACAACUCACAAUGUUUAGGUUAUGUUUUGUACGCUUCUUGUUAGGUAUCUGUAGCUCCUCUAUUGUCAAGUUUCAAAAUUAACUAACAUUAAUUGAUGCAAUCAAAAUAAUUUCUAAAAUACGAGGUGGAAAAUUGUGGCAUAACGCAACAGAUUAAACAUGGAGAAUGAUAUUUCUGUAUCAUGUGUCAAUCACGAUCCAUUGACUGUAGUCGGAUCUUGCAAAUUAUGUUCCAGAGAAUUGACUAAUGCAGAAUUGUUAUCAAUAGUAAUCAAAUGUGCCAAUUUUGUAGCAAUAAAACACAAGGAUCAGAGGAGAAAGGAUGAAAACGAAACACCAUAUAUAAAUCACCCGAUAGGAGUAGCAAAUAUUUUGGUACAAGAAGGCAAUAUUCAUGAUCCUGUUGUAAUUAUAGCAGCUCUUUUACACGAUACUGUAGAAGAUACUGAUACUACAUUUGAAGAGAUAGAAACUCAAUUUGGUACAGAGGUUCGUAACAUUGUUAAGGAACUAACCGAUGAUAAAAGCUUACCAAAAGUGGAACGUAAAAGAUUACAAAUAGAGAAUGCCCCUAAAUGCAGUCACAAAGCUAAAUUGGUAAAGCUAGCAGAUAAAUUGUAUAAUUUAAGAGAUCUUCAAAAAGCUAUACCAGUUGGUUGGUCAGAAGAUAGAGUAAAAGAAUACUUUAAGUGGGCCAAAGCUGUGGUUGAUGGAUGUCGCAGAACUAAUUUUAAUCUAGAAAGAGAGCUAGAUCUAAUAUUUGCAAAGAAGGUAUCCCAAGAUAGAGAAAGUUGUACAUGUAAAAGGCCAUUGAUAUCAUAAUGUUAAUGUUUUAUUAAAACAAUAAUUUUGAAAUUGAACAUUGCAAAAUGUAAAAAAAGAUAUACUUACUGAAAUACCGGUGGUGUAUUGUGUAUAGAGUUAUCAGCUGCUAUAACAUUAAAAUCGAACAUUAUUGGACAGAACUUCGAAGCAUGACCGA